AUGGCGGCCCAGGCGCUUGGCCUCGUCCUCCUGGGCACUUGGGCCAUCGCAGCCCAGGGCCAGUGCGACUGCAGCCCAUGCCAAGACUACCCGGAAGAUGACUUUUCGCACCCUUGCUUCGACGACUGCAUUGUUACCGGUGACCCGCACGUGGAGAAGAGCUGGCGUCCAGGAUACGAAGAUGGCUUCGACUUCCAGCCUCAGGGCAUCUGGCGCCUGGCCAAGACGGACACCUGCGGUGGCACUGUGGAGGUCCAGGCCUUCUUCUGCCACUACUUCUUCAGCCGAAUGAGCAGCGCCAUUGCGUACGCCAUCAGCAUCAACGGCGGCGACAAAUACAUCAUCAAGAAGGUCGGGGAAGAGUUCCAGGUGGGCAGCCCAAAUGUGCAGACCAUGAACUACAGCUUCGACGUGACCAAAGACCCUGUGGCUGGGAAGCUCCUGGUCAGCAACGACAAGUGCGUGCGCAUCAAGAUGAACACCGUGAACCUCUACGGUGGCUCGAGGACACGAUUCCUUGAGGACCCUUACCUCAACAACAUCUUCAUGCACGUCUGGGGCUGCGCCACAAAGAAGGAGGAAGGCGGAGGCAUCUGUGGUGCUCCGAACCUCGGGAAGCUGUCAAAGGAGUGGAUCGAUCCCGAGAGCGAUGAGAACCUCUUCAAGACACCCGAAGAGCCUGGGCUGUGGAAGGAUCUCUGCGAGUUCUGUCAGGAGAAAGGUGAAGCCAUCACGCCCCCGGGCUGCCCAGCGCCACAGGGCGCGCCGGGCGGUGGCAACGAGCCUGGCUGCGAGUUCCUGAGGCCGUACGGCAGCAAGCGGGACAGGGAGUGCGCUAUACAGCCGAACCCAACCGGUGACCCGAAGAUCGAGGCCAACAACGCCCGUAUCCGCGAGCUUCAGGGUGAGGGCCGCGAGAACUGCGUGGCUUUUGCUCUUCUGAACAAUGGCCCGAAGUUUCCUGGCAGGAGUUGCAGAGACUGGUGCCAGGACCGCGGCGCUGAGUGCGUGGCUGUCCGGGACGAUGUCGGAGGAGGGAGGUUCCCCAGCAGUGAGAACACAUGCUACCUCACGGAUGCCGACCAUCCGAAAAACUUCGUUUCGGGUACAAACACGCCCAAGACCUGUGACACCGUCAGCAGAGACACCCACUGCGUCUGCAAGAAGCCCGACAACCCGGCGCCGGGUGAGCCCGUGGAAAGGACGUGCGCGGAAGCCCGAGACGCCGCCGGAUUCCCCUUCUCGUACCUGGACUCCGCGGACCUCUGCCGAAGAGAGGCGAUGUGGCUGCAGCGCGUGAUCUACCCACAGAACAGCGCACAGGCCACACACGAACAGCGGCUGCUGCUGUACUGCGUCCAGGACGUGUGCGCUACAGACCCAGAAGACAGAGCGGAGGUGGCCCGCAGCUAUGGGGAUCGGGACCCUAACCUCAACAACAAGCCCGUCAUCUGCAACGGCCCCUUGCUGUGCAACGUCAUCUGCUCCACCCAGCUCAUCCAGGAUUGGGGUGACUGCGUCAACCGCUGCGAAGGCCAUCGCUCCAUGUUGCUCCCCGUGGUCUCGCGCUAUUGCAAGAAAGGGCUCUGCCCCACACUUCUGGAGGAGGUGGAGAUUGUGGGCCUCCUGCAGCGCCGAUCCAACCACUCCCACAGCACCCUUGUCACCAGCUCCCGCAGGUACUCCGGCGGCCGCAGGAGGCGCAGGAGGCGCCGCAGGAGGCGCCUCUACAAGGACGACGACAAGGACGGCAAGGACGACUCGGACGAUGGCAGCCGUCGCCGCAAGGAUGACGACGGGUAUGAUGGCAGUCGGAGGUGUACUGCGAAGUUUGGCAGCCAGCUGAAGCCGGGAUUAGACCACUACUGCAAGGAGUGCAAGCACUUCUGCGAAGACCCCCCGGCCACGACCACCACCACGACCACCACCACCACCGAGAUUACGGAGCGCCGCAAGGAUGACGACAGGUAUGAUGGCAGCCGGAGGCGCCGCAAGGAUGACGACGGGUAUGAUGGAAGCAGGCGCCGCAAGGAUGACGACGGGUAUGAUGGAAGGAGGCGCAAGGAUGACGGGUAUGAUGGCAGUCGGAGGCGCCGCAAGGAUGACGACGGGUAUGAUGGAAGCAGGCGCCGCAAGGAUGACGACGGGUAUGAUGGAAGGAGGCGCAAGGAUGACGGUUAUGAUGGCAGUCGGAGGCGCCGCAAGGAUGACGACGGGUAUGAUGGAAGGAGGCGCAAGGAUGACGGGUAUGAUGGAAGUCGGAGGCGCCGCAAGGACGGGGACGACUGA